AUGAGCACGAAUGAACGCGUUCGAGCAUUACUCAAAAAAACAAAGCAUUCCUUUUUAAAUUUCGAUAUUUUUCCAUCUGCUGAACCAACUAUCGACGAACAUCAACUUCGAAAUCAACGCAUUUCAACAAGAUUAUUCAUCAUUUUAUUAACUAUAUCAUUAUCUAUUCUCGUCUUAUAUACGUCACUGGUACAUAUUACAGGAACAGUUAAUGUCAAAACACCUUCUAUUCAAGAAUAUGAGCAACUCUAUAACUCAUAUAAUCAAACAUUAACAUGUGAAUGUACACAAAUAUCAAUCAACUAUGAAAAGUUUAUUCAAAUCCAAUAUACAUUACAUCAAGUAUGUUAUAGUGACUUUGUUACACAAAAAUGGAUUAAUUAUCUUGCCACCAGUAAUGUAACCUAUGGCAAAUAUACAGAUGAUUUUCGAUCGUCAGGUACAUAUGUAUUUCAAACUAUAAGCGCAUUUUGUACACUAGUGAAUCAAACAAUAUUGAAUCGUUUAACUGAGUUCAAUUCAAGUCAAUAUGUAAGUGCGUCUGUGACACCCUCGAGUAUAUUUCAACUGCAAACUAAUGCAUUUAUAUCUCAAUUCAAAUCAUCAACAAGAAUUGAUUUUUUGUUAUCACUUUCCAUGAUACGAAACAUAACACAAAGUAACGCCUUAUUCAGUGGUAGACUAACUAAUUACGCACCUUAUAUAACGGCCGGUGUUAUAACUCGAUAUCCAGCGGUAUACGGUAAUUGUACGUGUUCUUAUUCAGCUACAUGCAUUAGUCAAUCUCCAAUUUACAAUUUAUUGAAUGGCAAACGAUUAUUCUAUGUUCCUGGUCUUUAUACUGGAUGUUAUGUAAUCGAAUCAUUACUUCAGUCUGGUCUUCAGUGUUUCUAUAAUCAAACAUGCAUCAAUAAACUGCAAUCAUAUUUUCAAGUAUCUUCACUUAUGAAUGUGACAGCUCUGAAUGCGUCAUUGUCCGUCCAGUUUUUGGCAAAUUCAACAAUUGCAGAUGUUCUUGAACAAUUGAUGGUUGAAGAAUGGAAUAAUUCCAGUAUGUAUGAAAACUAUUAUAGUGAAUGUCAACCGUCAGCCUGUAGUUAUACUGUUACGUCGAAGAAUAGCGUAAUAUAUAUUGUUACAACUCUGAUUGGAUUAAUUGGCGGUUUGAUUACAGUAUUGAAACUGAUGGUGCCAUAUUUAGUUGAGUUCAUUAUGUUUUGUAUUAAAAAGUGCAAAGGUAGACGUACUACAAUAACACCACUGAUCCAAACAUAA